AUGGACCGUGGCGACUUUGAAUUUCCGCCGGAUCCCAUUACGGAGGCGUUUGACUCCACUUUGGAGACUUUGAACAACGUCCCUCUUCGGGUGCUCUCGAACGUACCGAUUGAGGAGCUGCCACCUACAGUUGUGCCUUCGGGUCAGAAGCGGCCCAUUCGUGAGAUGAUGCGGGGUGGCCGGCGGGUUCGGCGGUCGAGACUUCACCGGACGAAGGCGGAUGUUUCUUGUGAGCCCGCGUCGGGCACCUUUUCAACCUCACCGACCGACGCUGCGGAGGGGGGAGAGCCGACAUCUUCGCCGAAGAAUAGUUUUGCCGGGCAUAAACGGAACCGAUUUGACUGGAGUGAAGAAGAACUCAGAGACUUUUACAAAUUUCUCUCACAGUACGGCACCGACUUCAACGCCAUCUCCGUCAUGUACAUUGGUCGCUCGCGUAAGGAUGUCAAGCGACUGUAUCACAGGGAACUGCGCAAACGGAGUGAAGAUGUGCGGGCAGCGCUGUCGUCCCGUGAGGAGAUUGAUCUGGGAGCGUUUAGGGCGCAAUUGAAAAAGCGGGAGGAGCUUCAGCAGGUUCCAGUGCGCCAGCUGGAGCAGGAGGAAGAGGAGGCGCUGCGCCUUAUAGAGGCGGGAGCACUGCAAUUCCAGUCAACAUCGAAUGACGGAGAGACAGCUGCUGGUGGCAGUGGAAAUAAAGAUUUAGAAUUUGAUUUUGCAGCCGUCAAAAAUAUGACGGCAGAAGAGAUACAACCAACAAACAAUGCAAAAACGGCCGAUAGUGUCAAGUGUGACGACAGAGAGGACAACUUAAACAAAAAUACAUCUCUGUUUUCAAAAUGCGCAGAGUCAAGCGGUGUGAGAAAUACUGAACUCGGCACUCUGAUGGACGAGAAAUUGUUGGACGAUCUUAUGGAACUUGAUAAACCUUUAGAGGACGAUUUUUUUUGA